CCCACCCGCAGCUCGCCACACCACUUGCCUUUCCUCGCACUGCCGCCGCCGCCUCCAACUCCGGCGCCGGGGAGAGGAGUAGGAGGGGGAACGCGGGGAUGGACGGCGGCGCCGACGACGAGUGGGAGGACGCGAGCUUCCUCGACGAGCUCUUCCGCGCCACUGACGAGGCCGUCGCCUCCCGCAACCCUAACCCCACUCCCACUACCACUCCCACGCCCGCCCCCAUCUCAUACCUCCCCGCCGCCGCUCCCAUCUCCUACCUCCCCGCCGCCUCCACCUCCACCUCAGUCUCGUACCUCCCCGCCGCCUCCGCCUCGGUCUCGUACCUCCCCGCCGCGUCGUACCCCUCCCCCGCGCUCCGCUUCUCCCCUCCGCGGGAGCUCACCCAGCGCCCGCCGCUCCCGCGGCCGCCCGCGGCGUCCAGCGAUGGGGAGGCAAUGGCUAUGGUCGGGCGCGGGUUCUCCCCUCCGCGCGAGCUCUCCCAGCGCCCGGCGGCCGAGGAGAGCGACCUCGCGAUCAUCGCGGAGUCGGGCGGCCGCGUGGCCGCGAAGAGGGAGAGGGAAUCGAGGGAGCUCGAGAAGCUCAAGAGGGAGCUGAGCCGUGCCUCCAAGCAAAUCAAUGAAUUGAAAAAUGAAUGCUCUGAGCUGAGAAAGGACAGAACAAAGAAAGAUCUUCAAAUCAAGGCCAAAGAAGUGGAGAUUCAAAAUAUGAAAAAAGCAAAUGUCUUUGCCAGCAAAGAUGUUUGCAGCACAGGGAUGGAUGUUGAUCAGUCUUUUCAUGCCCCUGCAAAUGGGGCUUUGCAUGUUGGGGGUUCUUCUUGGGCAUCCACCAGGCGAACAGACAAGACAAAUGGCAAAGAUAAUGAUGCCAAUUCCUUGCAAGUUGAUCUGUAUAUGAAGCAAGGGCAUCAAACUGAUUUACCUGAGGACAUGGAACUGAAGCGACGCACCAUGAUCGAUAAUGGAAUAAGUACUUCUGGAGGAUUGUCUCUGGAGGAAAAUACCCAUUUUGAACCAAGAAGCACUAUGUGCAAGGAAAUUAAGGCGAUAGGAGUCCAGACGGAUAGUACCUCUGACAGUGGACAUCUUGAAUGCAACAAAAUAUCGGUUGCGCGUAUCUCUGGCAAUCUACGUGCAAUCUGGGGGGUGCCAACUAACAGUUUAUCAAGGAGGAAUUUGAUAUCAAAGAUCAUUGUUUCUUGUUCAGAAGAAUUUUUGUCACUUCUCCAAUGUACCAGAUUGACAGAGAACUGUAAAACUUCUUGUGAAGCAAGCCCCUCCAUGAAUGAAGCUAUUUCCCAAGUAUAUGACAUGUUCAUUAAGAUGAAUAAUGAGAAGAUACCAAUACAGACUUUCCUUGAAGCAGUGCUAAAUCUCUGUGUUUUUGAUAAUGCUGCUAUAGUCAGUAGAACUUUGAGGAUAUUGCUCAGUAUAUUGCAACACUUGCUGAAUUAUGGAACCAAGUCUAGUGAAAGGAACAAUGUUUCUGUUGAACCAUAUGUCAACAUAAACUUGGAGAACAGUCACAAAGACAGUUCCGCUUUGCUGAGCCUUAUGGAUGCAGAAAAUCUAUUGAGACAGCAUAAUAUGUCUCUUCCUUUUACUUUCUGGAGUUCAGUCUUCACUGUAAUGCUUCAAGUUGCGGUCAAGUACUCAGAAGAAACAAUUCGAACUGAUGCAUUAUCCAUAAUGAUUCUCAUUUUAAGAACAACAGAUCCCAAAGAGGAACGCCACAGAUUCGGAUUUACUUCUGUAAUAACAAGAUUGCAUCUGCUAUUGCAGAAAGAAAAUGGAUUGCUUGUAAAGAAGCAUUCUGUGCGUCUACUUUUCUUGCUUUUGAAUUGCCCAGUGAUGUUGAAGUUGCUGUGUAGUGGAGGCAAAGAUGGCAGUGAACAGAUGGAAUCAGAAGGGUGUGAAAAUGAUAGGUUGAAGUUGCUGCGUAUUGGAGGCAAAGAUGGUUCUGAACAGAUGGAAUCAGAAGGGUGUCAAAAUGAUGGAUCACAAGUCAUAAGCUCAGUUCUAGUGGAUUUAUCUGAGUGUUUGUCCUGUGGGACAACUUGUUCUCUGGAAAUUGAGCUUUGCCGGCUUGUUAUCGUUCUGUUAGCAUAUAUUGCUUCCAGUGGCAAAUUGGGAUAUGAGGUGCUUUUAGGUCCAGUGAGUGCCCGUGGUGCCAAUUUCUUGGAGCUAAUAAUGCAAGUCCUUGCAUCCCAAAUGCAAUUUGAAACACAGGAGUUACUGAAAGAAAGGUGUCUGCUGAUGAGAGAGGCUCUUAUCCUUCUGAACCGGCUGGCAUCACAUGCAAACUUUUCAAAACCAACUUUGGAAGUGCUGACACGCAGUAAGCUUUGUGCAACCUUGACAAUUGAUGUCGCGAACCGGUUACCCCAUACCCAGAUGGCAAACGAUCUUGCUGAGCUGGCCCAGAAGUUCAGGUCGCGAGUAUAUGCUUUCCUGGAGGAGAAACCCUUGACAAUUGAAUAUUGACGGGUCCAAUCCGAGCGCUUCUCACAGGAGUUUGAGGUAUCCAGGAGCAGCGGAAUUCAUCAGUUGACCGCUCCAAAUCCCUGGGUAGCUAGGAAUUUGGAUUGGAUAGUACCCCGGAAACCGGGGGGGGGGGGGGGGGGGGGAUGAUUUUGAUCGGGAAGUUUAGUUUAUUUAUUUCUUAUACUAACCCUAGGAUCUAUUUCUGGGUUGGGUUGGACUGGCUUGGCUGGGGCGAGUAGAUACCUUUUGGUUGGUGGUGUACAGAGGCAGCUUCCUCGCCAUUUUGGGGUAGAGAGAAUGUAGUGGCACUACGGCACGGCAAUGCCCACGGAAAUGUAUAUCAGAUUCAUUUGGACAUCAUAUGGCGUUGGCCAUCGCAGGUUUAAUGGCAUUUUCAACUUCUCUCUUGACCUGGAAUCCUGGACAAUGUUUGAAUGCUGCCCGGAUGGAUUUUGUCCUUGAUUUACCUCGUUGGGAGACGGAA